GUUCCCCGACGUCUCCGACUGCGGUGAAUGCCUCCAUCUUCGUGUCCUUUGCCGGAUCGCCUUCAAAAGACACGGGCUUCUCGCUGAGGCUCUUCGAGCCUCCCGUCAUCCACAAUGUGACGCCAAUCGCCAUCAGCGUGGGAGACCCGCGAGGUACAGAUUCGCGGCGUCCGAUCAAUGUGUACGGCUCCAGCUUUCAGCCGACCGACGAGUGCAUAUUCCAGUCGGCGUCCAUGGCGAUCCCCCUGCGUGUCCCACUGACCAGCUACAUCUCCGAGUCGCAUGUCCAGUGCCGAGCUCCAGGUGUCGCGCUAGCAGAUGCCGUCGUGCCCGAAAAUCCGCCGGAAGAAGAGGACAUGUGCGCCGCGUACGCGUCGCUGCAGGAGCAGAUCAACACGCUAAGAAACAUUGUGAAUGCCAUGAAGGUGGAGCAGCUCAGCGCGCGGGUUGGCAGCUCUUUUCCGGGAUGCCCAGAAGAUUGUGAGGAGGAGAACCUCACCUUCUGGAAUGGAAGUCUGGAGACUUGGUACAGAGAGCAAG